AUGUCAUUACUUCACGAAUCAUUCAAAGUUUUGAAUGAUCAUCAAAGUAUCCGCUUGUUCAACAUUAUCGUUGGCGCUUCGCAAGUUUUUGGCAUUUCUGCGAUUUUUCUCGUCGCAAUAUGGAUGGCUAAUUUUAAUGGUGGUUUUACAAGCGGUCUUCAAUUUCACUAUCAUCCAACAUUCAUGGUAAUGGGUAUGAUCUUCUUGGCUGGAGAUGGAAUGUUGGUUUAUAGAGUGUUUCGUCAUGAACGAAAACGUUUUUCCAAAUUGCUUCAUUUAACAUUACACACAAUGGUACUUAUCUUUACUGUUGUUGCAUUGAAAGCAGUAUUUGAUUCACAUAAUAAUCAUAAAAAUGAUGAAGGUGAACCGGAUCCGUUACCAAAUAUGUUUUCCUUACAUUCAUGGGUUGGACUAACAUCUGUCAUCGCUUUUUUCUUCCAGUAUUUAUUUGGCUUUACGACAUUCUUCUUUCCUGGAUUGAGCAUACCGAUACGUCAAUUUACCCUUCCAUAUCAUCAAACAUUCGGUCUUAUCAUUCUAUGCUUCCUUGCAAUUACAGCAGUAAUGGGUAUUUCUGAACAAGCAGCAUGGCAUCAUAACCAUGAUGAGAUUUAUAUCCAUGAUGGUGAUGAUGAUGAUGAUUGUUGUCGUGAAUAUCAUCAUAUUUAUGAUGAUGAUCAUCGUGAGUACUAUCAUAUUUAUGAUGAUGAUCAUCGUGAAUAUCAUCAUAUUUAUGAUGGCGAUUAUGAUGAUGAUGAUGAUAGUCACCGUCAUGUCCCCAAUUCCAUUGCAAUGGCUCAUGCCAAUUCCACCAACCAGAAGCUUCCGAAUUCGUUAUCAUUACCAAAAAUAGUAUCAAGAAUGAAAUGGAAAUUCUGUUCAUUGGACUCAUUGCUUCCUAUUCUACAAUAUUAA